UUCUAAAACCAUUCACUUUCGUCUCUGGUUUUGCUCUCGGAGAAUCAAUAAAAAGUAAGGAUGUCUGCAACACAGGAAGAAGACAAGAAGCCUGGAGACGGAGGAGGAGCUCACAUCAACCUCAAGGUCAAGGGUCAGGAUGGAAAUGAGGUGUUCUUUAGGAUCAAGAGAAGCACACAGCUGAAGAAGCUGAUGAAUGCUUACUGUGACAGGCAAUCUGUGGACAUGAACGCUAUUGCGUUCUUGUUUGAUGGUCGUCGUCUGCGUGCUGAGCAGACUCCCGAUGAGCUUGACAUGGAGGAUGGUGAUGAGAUUGAUGCUAUGCUUCAUCAGACUGGUGGCUGUGGUCGUGGUGUUGGCCUGACAUUUAUCUGGGUUUAGGGUUUAGGAAUGGUUAAGGAGUAAUCGGCAUUAGGAUUUGCAGACUUGUUUUUUUUUUAAUCGUGACCAUUGUUGUUAGAAAAACUAAUAUGGUCUUGAAUGUUAAAAACCCUUUUGUUAAUUGUUGGUCUUGUUCCUUUGGUAUUGGAUCCUACUAUCCUAUAAUAACUAUUUGCGCUUAAUGUUAUUAUUUAACCUGUUUGUCUAAUAUUACUGGGAGAGUUCUUAGUCG